AUGAGUCGACGAUUCACGGCUAGCUUGGGACGCAAAAAGGCGUGGCCUGUCUGCCCUCUCCACCAACCAGGGCACUGUCUCGUCUCUUUUCGUGGCAGGACCCUAAUCUCGAUGGCUCAAGCCAGCCGUGAAUCAGCUACACGCAAAUUUCAGUAUUUUAUUGACUUUAGUAAAAAUUUCGAUAAACCCACUUUUUGAAGACCAAAAAGAAGAACGUGACUUCAAUGGAAGACGUGACGUUUUCGACAUCCUCAUUUAUUUCUCUUCGAUUUUCGUCGGCCGGAACUUUAAGCUGGAGAUGACUGGGCACAAGGAGGCGGCUCAGAAAAGUUGUCCAUCAAAUGGUUUUUUUUUCUUUCCAGCCGAAUGAAGUUCAAAAAGACGACCUCUAGAAGUUCGCUGUAUAAGGAACCCUAAAACCAGAAGUCAGAAGGAAUUUUGCGCAACUUCAAUAAUGUCGCCUUUAAGGCGUUGAAAAUUGGCUAAAAACCUCUAGGGGUCACUUAAGAGGUUGCUCAAGGACUACUUGGAGAGUACACUAAAGUGGCCACUAGAACCAUCUCUAUAGAAGUCACUAUUUAGCACCUUAGCGGCCACUUCAGUGAUGGAAUAGUACACUUAGACUUUUAAAGAGGCCCCUAAACUUUAGCCUCUUAAGUGCCUACUGUUUCGACAACUAUAGUGGCCCUAAAACUAUCUCUAUAGAGGCACUUUAGUAGUUUUUAAUGUUGGAUAGACUUCUAAAGAGGCCACUGAUUUUUUGCCACUUAAGUGGCCCUUAAAUCGACCACUAUAGCGGCCCCUAAAACUAUCUCUACAGAGCCACUAAUUCGCGUCUUAAUGGCCACUUUAGUGGUUUUUAAUGAUGGAUAGACUUCUAAAGAGGUCGCUAAACUUUAGCCUCUUAAGUGGCCCCUAGUUCGACCACUUUAGUGGUUCCUAAAACUAUCUCUACAAAGCCAAAAACUUCGCGUCUUAGUGGCCACUAUAGUGGUUUUUAGUGAUGGAAUAGUACACCUAGACUGCCAAAGAGGUCACUAAACUUUAGACUCUUAAGUGGCCACUGUUUCGACCACUAGAGUGGCCACUCAGACGUCAAAACCCUAAAGUGACCACUACUAGUUUUCCGAGCAUGAUGAAAAAUUUUUGAGAUGAGAGCCCGGAUAAAAUCAACGUUUCGAGACCCUCAGAGCUUGUCCUUCUAGACUUUUCAUUCCGGAAUUCAAUUCCAACUUCAAAUUUCAGAUGAAUCAGACGAGGGCGGCGAUGCAGCCAGCAUGAACACGAAAGCGUUCGUCCCCAUUUUAGCCAAGGACCACAAGCUCAACAUCACCGGCUAUUUGGGUAGGGGGUUAAGUAUAGACGAUUCACGGCUAGCUUGGGACGCAAAAAGGCGUGGCAUGUCUGCACUCUCCACCAACCAGGGCACUGUCUCGUCUCUUUUCGUGGCAGGACUCUUUUCUCGAUGGCUCAAGCCAGCCGUGAACCAGCUAUAUUCACAGAACUGUCGAAAUUCCGAAUGUCAUGGGCCGCAUUUGGAAUGGCUUGACCUUUUCUUAAACUUAGCGAAAACCGUUUUGAGUCGGGCGUAGAGCCACCACGAGCAAAAAAUCUUAUUUUCUAGAGAAAUUUCAGAAAAAGCUCGCAUUGAAGCAUGCUUAAAAAGUUGAACAUCUUCCUCAAAUUUCGAACUAUUCGAAAAAUCCUGGUCGCAUUUGGAAUGGCUCUAACGACUUCCGAAGACCUUCGGCUGCACCCGACUUAAAACGACUUGCGCUUGUGAAAAGUAAAAGUCAGUAGAUUGAGCUACUUGAUGCUAAGGACAGUAAUUGCCUUGAGAUUUCAAGUCGAGCCGCAGCGCGACCGCGACACAUUGAGCCAUUCCGAGGCCUUUUUAAAACUAGUUUUGAAGCAGAGAUGUUCAAUUAAAAAAUUUAUCAUUUUAUUAAAAAAUUCCAGGCGGCGGUUCGUACUCCUCCGUGGCCAAGGCGACUUUUGGCGACUCUCAAAUGGUCGUCGCCGCGAAAAUUAUCGACAUUACGUAAUUAGCUAGUCAAUAAGCAAAUGAGCUAAUUAAUUAUCUCAAAGGCCAACAAAAGCAAAAGAAGACUAUAUACGGAAGUUCUUACCGCGGGAAACGGAAAUCGUGAAGAUCCUUCAACACGACAAUAUUGUCCGGGUCUAUCAGGUCGGAAUUUUGUGAAAAUCAUAGUCAUUUUAAUGAUAAACAGAUCGUAGAUGCUCCUGUCCUCGAUUGCCUAUCAAAAUUGGCUUUUUUUCAAGUUUUUCGUGCCAGAAUGUCCUUUUCAUCAAGUUUAACAUGUCCCUGGCCUUGAAUACCUAUCAAAAAUGGGUUUUCAUGCCCAAAAAAGUCCUUUUUUUCAAGGUAUCCUUUUCACUAAGCUCUAUAUACUUCUAGCCUUGCUUACCUAUCAAAAUUACCUAUUUUUUCAGCUCUUCAAAGUCUUAAUUUUUUUUGGUAGUGUUUUCAUUAGAUCCUAUAUAUUCCUGUCCUUAUCCGACUAUGAAAAUUGAUUUUUUUCAACUUUCUAUGUCCAAAAAGGUCAUUUUUUUUUCUAUGUAUCGUCUUCAUUAGGCUCCAUAUACUUCUAGCCUUGAUUAACUAUCAAAAUUAUAUUUUUUUCAACUUUCUAUGUUCAAAAAAAUGCCUUUUCCCAAGCUGUCAUUUCCAUUAGGUUUUUUUAUGCUUAUAGCCUCGAUAACCUACCAAAAAACGCUUUUUACGUUCAAAAAUAACGUUUUUUUUUUCAAAGUAUCGUUUUCAUUAGGCUCCAUAUACUUCUAGCCUAAAUUUUCUAUUGAAAUUAGCCUUCUUCCGAGCUUUUUCUGCCCGAAAAUGCCUUCUCAAGGUAUCAUUUUCCUCAGAUCCUACAUUAUUCUAGCCUCUAUUACCUAUCAAAAUUUUUUUUUUUUUAAACCUCCUAUGCCCAAAAAAAUCCCUUUUUUUGAGGUGAUCAACAUUCCCAAUCAUGUCAUCUUCGUGUCCGAGUACUGCGCCAACGGCGAUCUUCUGAAAAAGCUGAAAAAGACGAAAUCUCUACCCGAAGAUGAGGCCAAGUUCAUGUUCCGACAGCUCAUCGCCGCACUUAUGGUAUCAAUUUUUUGGUUCUUGAAACCCCCCCCUUUAAAGUUAAAGUUUCAUAGUUCAAGGCCUUGAAUUUGAAACAAAAUGGCAAAAAUGUGACUAGGAUUCGAACCUUGGUCACUAGAGUUCACCAAACCGAUCAUUCAAUCAUUUCAAUUGAUCAAACUAUUGACAUGUCACUGUUCAACCAAAUUUUAACAUGUCAUUUUUUGAGAGAUCGUUUAUUAGAUCAGUUUUUGAUCUCUUACAUUAAUGAUCAAUCAUUGGAUUUUAACGUUUUUGAUAUAUCGAUUUUUUUGACCAAUAUAUUCAAUACAACAUUUCGAUCUUUCAUUUUUCGACCAAUGUUUUCAAUACAACAUUUCGAUCAAUCAUUUUUUCGACCAAUAUUUUCAAAACAACAUUUCGAUCAAUCAUUUUUUUGACCAAUAUUUUGAGCAUAAAAUUUCGAUCGAUCGAAAUUCCGAGCGAUCGAUUUUCAAAACAGAUCGCUCACACGGGGCAGGUUUUCGGAGUACUAGUAAACAGGUGAAAGUAUUUCAUUUUUUUCCGACAAAUUAAAGUUUUGCAUUUUUCUUGAACUUAUUUGUUAUAGUCUAUAUGGCAUUGUAAAAAAAUUUUUUUGCUUUUUAGUACCAGUGAACACAGAGAAACAGAAAAACGAUGAUGAUAUUUCGUUACGAAAAAUCAAAAAAGAAAUUAUGAUGAAGAUUUGAAAGAGAAGCGGUUUUUAAACAGUAGUUUUAAACAUACUUUUUAACCAAAAUGCAUUCCGAUCAAUCAUUUUUUUCGACCAAAUUUCCAAUAAAAAAAUUUCGAUCAAUCAUUUUUUUGACAAAAUUUUUCAAUACAAAAUUUUUGAUCUAUCAUUUUUUUCGACCAAUAUUUUUAGGCAUAAAAUUUUUGAUCAAUCAUUAUUUCGACCAACAUUUUCAAAACAACAUUUCGAUCAAUCAUUUUUUUCGACCAAUAUAUUCAAUACAAAAUUUCGAUCAAUCGAAAACUGAACGAUCGAUUCAAAAUGAUCUCUCAUUUAAAUGAAAUGUUGACAUUUCGAAAAAACGAGAGAUCAUAAUCAUGAGACAUGUUAAUCGUUCGGUAGCAAGAAAUGUUAAUCAAUCAUAUUUUUGGUAACAUGUCAUGAAAAUAUUGGUUGAACGUUUGGUCGAACGAUCGGUUUGGUGAACUCUAUUGGUCACCUUCUCAAGGUUCAAGAGCUUUAGCUGAGAAAAUGGCAAAAAUCUGGCCGAGAUCCGAACUUGGGUGCCAAACUUAGAGAACAAGAUGUCUAGCCAUUGCUCCAAAUUCGAUCCUUUGUAACCCUCUUAAGGUUCACGAGCUUCUGCUUUGUGAAUUUCAAGAAAAUGGCAAAAAUCUGGCCGAGAUCCGAACUUUGGUACCAAACUUAGAGAACAAGAUGCAUAGCCAUUGCUCCAAAUUUGUUGUAUGUACAAAUAUAUGGACAAAAUCUUCUGUGGGACUUGAAAUGAUGUGGUUUUUCAAGCUCCGUAUUGAAAUAAGUUAUAAAAAAGCUACAAUAUAGUCUAAUCGAUAAUAGUUUCCAUUUUUCAGCACCUAAGUCAAUUUCAUAUCAUUCAUCGGGAUUUAAAAUGCGAGAACAUCUUUUUGGACGCGUGAGUUUUGACCAAAUAAUUUUGAUGAACUUUUUUUUUGAGUUGACCUUUUUCAUGGGCUAUUUUGGUAACUACAAAUUGAAAAAUAUUUUUGGUUUUUUUCUUCAAGAUCGUAUUUUUCGCGUUUAUUACUUCAUUUAGGUGCGUAGAACGUGGGCGGAGCUUUUUCGGACCCUAUUUAUAACGUCAGAGAAUGAAAAAGAUAACUGAAAAUACUCGGAGAACUUGUUGAAUUUCACAAAAUCAUAGAAGUUAAUUUUUUCAUGGGCUAAUUUAGUCACGACAACGUAAAACUCGGCGAUUUUGGUUUCGCGCGAGUUUUGAAGGCCGGCGAGAAGUCCGGAACGUUUUGUGGCAGCCGUGCCUACGUCGCCCCGGAGAUCCUUCGCGCCAAGGAUUAUUCAGGGAACGCGGUUCGUUUCGAAAUGGUCAAUCACUUGGGGGAAAUUUGAUCUUGAGAUUUUCUACUAGAGCUCUUGGGAGUACCAAAAAAUCUUGAGGGAAUUCCUGGAAUGUUUCGAAAUUCAAUUUUUAGACUCUUCUAAUUUCAUCAAGGGGUUUUUGAAAAGUUAUGCUUGGGAUUGUCUGAAAGUCUAUCAAAGCUCUGGAAGUACCAAAAUGUUUGCAAAUAGUCCAAGUUUCAUAGGAAGAUGAAUAAAACCAUGAAAAGGCCUAUUUAUGCUUUUUCUUUCAAUUUUUUUAUUUGUUAGGGCCUUUUUCUCGAGAAACUAGACAAUUUUUGAAAUUCAAGGGUUUGGAUUUUAUUCGCUCUAUUUCCUGAGAGUCUACUGAAUCUCUUGGGAUUUCUGUCCAGUUCCGCAAAUGAUCCUAGUUUUCAGAAUAUGACUUGAAGUUUUGAAGGAUACCUAUUUUUAAAAGCUUGUCAGGGUCUUUUUUGACUUUCCAUGGCGUCCUCUGAUGGAAAACAAACCUUUUUAGAAUUCAAGACUUCCGAAAGUGUUUUAGAAUCAGGAAAACUUACUUUUUUUUCAAGGUUGACGUCUGGAGCGCCGGCGUAGUUCUCUACAUCAUGCUGACCGGAUCGAUGCCGUUCGACGACCGGAAUCCUCAGAAAAUGAUUGAGAAACAGCUUGCCCAUCGGAUCAGGUAGGGUAGCAGAGAAACUAGAAAUAAAGAAAGUAUAUUAAACUGUAACCAUUUAUAUUACGCGCCUUUAAUAAGCGCCCCAUUUCUCAUAUUAAUUCUAUUAUUACUGUAUUAUUUCUAAAUUGAUUCCAUUAUUUUUCAGAUUUUCUGCAAGUACAAAAAUGGAAAAGGGCUCUUAUUAAAGGCGCAUAUAAAUGGGAAUAGGCUCCUAUUAAAGGCGCAUGUGAAACUUUUAUUAAAGGCGCAUAUACAUGGAAAUAGGUUCUUAUUAAAGGCGCAUAUACAUGGAAAUAAGUUCUUAUAUAAAGGUGCAUAUAAAUGGAAAUAGGCUCUUAUUAAAGGCGCAUAUGAAGCCGCCACGAUCUACCUUUUCCUUCCCGUUUUUUUUUCCCAAGUCAGCCGUGGACUAGUUCAAAAAAAAACUUUGACUGACAUAUUGGCUCAAUUGCGCUCCAUUGAUAACUAGGAAGUUUCGGCUUUUUACCGAAUUUUAGAAGGUUUUCGUCCCAGUUAUUACCCUUUUUUCCCCGUCGCUCAAGCUCCGCCUCUAAUUUCGCGAUAAACCAAUCGGAGAGCGAGCCAUCCAAAGAGCGUUUUUGAAUGACGUCAUUGUACUUGACAUUCAAGAUCGGAACCUACUCUAGAAGAAGUCGCUCAGAAGACGUCGUUCAGAUUCUCGCGAAGCUGUACGGCGUCGACGGCGGCGAAGACGUUGGUCCUGGAAGUGCUGCAUCCGCACGCGCCGAAUCGGCCCACCUACAAGGCGAUUUGCGAUUCGGAGUGGCUCAAGAGCACGCCCUACUACAUGAAGGUAGGCGGAGGUGUGUGGUGUGGGCCGCCUUUUUUUGAUCUUUUGAAGUGAUUUCGUUGGGUGAUCUCUAGUGAUCCCUUGGUUACUUUUUUCUUUGGAUUCACGCAAAAUCGCUUUGAAAAAUUGUUUAUUCAUUAUAUUGCUAUAGCUAAUUCAGGGCUAGCUUGGGACGGUAAGGGGGCGUGGCCUGUCUGCGCUCUCCACGGCCCAAGCACUAUCUCACGCAUUAUCGUGUCAGAACCCUUUUUUAGAUGGCUCAAGCCAGCCGUGAACCAGCUAUACCUAAAGCUUCAAAAAUGAGCGGAAAAAUCGGAAAGAGCAUAGAAAAUAUGGAGAGUUUCAUGGAUGCAAAACGAACCUUACAUGUCUGCACGUCUCUUCUUUCUCCACACUCUCUAGCCCUAGGCCAUUUUGAGCCAAUUUCUGUCUGAAUAGAGUACUUAUAUCUUCCUCACACUUCAAAAAAUGAAGCAUCACGCGAAUUUUCUGUGCCUAGAGAGUGUGGUUCCUUCGGAGACGCAGAGAGACAAAGAAAACGAGUCUCUGUGUCUCCACUUUUUCCAUACUCUCUCACUUUUUCUAUAGUGCUCUUAUCUUCCUAUCAUUGGAGAAUGAGAAGCAUUCUGAGAACUUUCUGAGCCUAGAGAGUGUGGUUCCUUCGGAGACGCAGACAGACAAAGAAAAUCAAAUCUCUGUGCCUCCACUUUUUCUAUUCUCUUUACCUUUCCGUCGAUUUUCUGGUGCUUUCAACCUUUUCAAAAUUUUUCUACUAUUCCCUGGGGCUCAAACUUCACAACGGCUCAAUUUUUCAGCCUCAGGAUCCGAAAUCUUCGGCGCCACCGUCAAGGACGAACGGCUGA